UCAUUUCAUCACACAAAGUUAGAAACUUCAUCCAUCUCAGUCACAAAUCUCAUACACAAUGAAGAUUUCAUACCUCCUCCCUCUCCUAAUGUUCUUCACUACUUGCUUUGCUCUCCCAAGAGAAUUCUCCAUAGUAGGUUAUCCCGAGUCCGAUCUCAGAUCAACUGAUAAACUCAUCGAUCUAUUCGAAUCGUGGAUGUUGAAGCACGGAAAAUCCUAUCAGAGCUUCAAGGAGAAGCUGAGGAGGUUUGAGAUCUUCAUGGACAAUAUCAAGCACAUUGAUGAGACGAACAGGCAGAGGACUAGCUAUUGGCUUGGGCUCAAUGAGUUUGCUGAUCUUAGUCAUGAGGAGUUCAAGGAGAAGUAUCUUGGAGUCAAGAGUGAGUUGAUAAGGAACAGAGAAAUAACUUCUGGGUUCAGGUAUGCAGAUGUUAUGGACUUGCCAAAGUCAGUGGACUGGAGAAAGAAGGGAGCAGUGACUUAUGUCAAAGAUCAAGGCCAAUGUGGUAGCUGUUGGGCAUUCUCAACAGUAGCAUCAGUCGAAGGAAUAAACCAAAUCGUUACGGGAAACUUAACAUCCCUCUCCGAGCAGGAGCUAAUCGACUGUGACACAUCCUACAACAGCGGAUGCAAUGGCGGUAUCAUGGACUACGCAUUCUCCUACAUCGCGUCCAACAGGGGCCUGCACACUGAAGAUGAUUAUCCUUACCUCAUGGAAGAAGGAACUUGCGAUGAGAAGAGGGGUGAGUUUGAUCUCGUGACAAUUAGCGGGUACGAGGAUGUGCCAGAGAAUAGUGAGGUGGAUCUAUUGAAGGCGCUUGCUCAUCAACCUGUCAGUGUUGCCAUUGAGGCUUCUGGCCGAGAUUUCCAAUUUUACAGUGGGGGGGUGUUCGAUGGGCAUUGUGGGACUGAACUUGAUCACGGUGUGGCGGCCGUUGGAUACGGGUCAUCCAAGGGCCAGGAUUACAUCAUCGUCAAGAACUCGUGGGGUCCGAGGUGGGGAGAGAAGGGAUACAUAAGGAUGAAGAGGAACACUGGAAAGCCUGAGGGUCUGUGUGGCAUCAACAAGAUGGCCUCAUAUCCUACUAAAGAUCAGUAAAGAAUUUCUGCUCAGUAUCACGAAAUUUUCUCUGUUGUCUGGUCCUGAUUAAGAAGGAGAUUGGAGAUGAAUGUAACCUUGUUUAUGUUUGAUCAUGAAUAAAAUCGCGUGGUUGAUAAAGAUGUGUCAGCAAACAGUA